AUGAAUCGCACGCUGGUCGAGUGUGCGCGUUGCAUGAUGGAACACGCUGGACUGGGAAAGAGCUACUGGGGUGAAGCAGUGAUGACGGCGAUGUUUCUUCGAAACCGCUGUCCAACACGUGCCAUUCACCAAGACAAGUCUCCAUAUCAAGUGUGGACGAUGAAGAAACCGAUUCUGGCCAACCUUAAAGUGUUUGGAUGCCACGCGUAUGUUCAAGUGCCUCAAGACAAACGCGCGAAGUUCGACUCCAAGUCAUCACUCUGUCGUUUCCUGGGAUACGCCGAACACCAGAAGUCAUAUCGAUUUGAGGAAGUGUCAACAGGAGCGAUCAAGAUCAGUCGCGAUGCCACAUUCAUGGAAGACAAGUUUGAUGAAGGUCCGCGCAACUACAACGAUGAGUCAAGUGUCGUUGAGUUUGAUGAUCAUGAUGAGGACGAAGAAAAAGAAGAAGGUAAAACUGACGACGACAUGGACUCGAGCGACGAUGACAACGAAGACACCAGGUCUUCGAAGAGCAACAUCAAGAGACACACGCGCACUCAAUCACUUGAGAAAGCUACCGUCAUUCCAAGUCCCAAGCGAAGAACGUACAGAGGUCCGUCGCUUGAGCAUGUGUCAGCGGCUGCAAUGGAAAUUGAAGCAGCCUACAUCGUUGAUUCAGUGGGGGAAACGCCGACUACAUUCAAGUCGGCGAUGGAAUCAAGCGACUCCGGCAAGUGGAAAGAAGCGUGUGACUCGGAGUUCGAUUCGCUUCAGAGAAACGACACGUGGGAUAUUGUGCCUCUUCCGAAAGGUCGCAAGGCCAUCGGGUGCCGAUGGGUUUUUCGUGUAAAGGAGAAUCAAGAUGGCGAAGUUGAACGUUUCAAGGCAAGACUUGUGGCCAAAGGAUUCUCACAGAAAUUCGGAGUUGACUAUGAAGAAACUUUCGCACCGGUGGCCAAGUUCACAUCGAUUCGUGUGGUGCUCAGUAUGGCGGCUAAGUACGGCCUAAUGCUACAUCAGAUGGACGUCAAGACAGCGUUUCUUAACGGCUCCCUCAACGAAGACAUCUACAUGGACCAGCCGGACGGAUACCUGGAUGCAACACAGCCGGACUAUGUGUGCAAGCUAAAGAGAUCACUCUACGGCUUGAAGCAAUCGCCUCGCAUGUGGAACCAAACAAUCGAUGGGUUCAUGAUCAAGAUGGGAUUCAAGAAGUGCGAAUCGGACCACUGCAUCUACAUCAAGCGAGACGACCAAGACAUGAUUCUCGUGGUGCUCUACGUCGAUGAUCUCAUCCUGGCCAGCAGCAACAACGAGCUCCUCAAGUCGACCAAGAUGGCGCUGAGCAAACGCUUCGAAAUGACGGAUCUCGGUGAGCUCGAUUACUUUCUCGGCAUGGAGAUCAAGAACGACCGUAAGACGGGAAUGGUGACUGUACAACAAACCAAGUUUCUCAAGUCCGUGUUAACCAAGUUCGGAAUGGAUAACAGCAAGCCAGUGAAGACGCCUCAAGAUCCCGGCCUGAAGCUAACCAAGAACAUGUGUGAACAAGAAUGCAAGCACGAAGACACCAUGUGCAACGUGCCAUAUCGAAGUGCUGUCGGAGGCAUCAUGUAUCUCAUGGUCGCCACACGUCCGGAUCUAGCUGCUGCAGUGGGAUCAUUAUCCCAGUUCUCGUCCGACCCAUGCCCGACUCACUGGCAAGCUUUGAAGCGUGUGCUGAGAUACCUGCAAGCAACGCCCAAUCAUGGUCUUGAGUUUACACGUGAAGAAGGAAGCCGUAUCUGCGGGUACACCGACGCAGACUGGGCCGGCGACAUUGAGUCAAGACGAAGUACAAGCGGCUAUGUGUUCAUGAUGAGCGGAGGAUGCAUCAGCUGGAAAAGCCAGAAACAACGGACGGUCGCGCUAUCUUCAACAGAAGCAGAAUACAUGGCGCUUUCCGAAGCAACCAAAGAAGCAGUAUGGCUCAAAGUGCUUUUGGGGAACUUGGUGAGAUGA